AUGGAUCCAAGCUCCCUUGGAAUAUGGAUGUGAUUUUCCUUCCUGGUGUGUAAAGCUGGGAACUGCUCCUGGAAAACCUCCCCAGCUCCAAGCAUAUCCUGGCAUUUGCAAUUCCUGAAAGCAGCAGAGCUGCUCAGAGGAACUUUUUGGGAUCUGCCUGGAGAUGGAUUUCUUUAUCACAGCCUCAGGUUGGGCCUGGGGAGGUUCAGGUGGGAUAUUGGGAAAAUUCCUUCCUGGAAAGGCUUGUAAGCAUUGGGAUGAGCUGCCCAAGGCAAGGGUGGAGUCUCCAUUCCUGGAGGGAUUUAAAAUCCAUGUGGAUGUGGCACUUGGGGACACAGGUCAGUGGUGGCUUUGGCAGUGUUGGGAAUGGUUGGGCUCCAGCACUUUCCCAACCAAAAUGACUCCAUGAUUCCAAUAAUAAACUCCAAAUUUUGGAGUCCCCUUGCUCUCAUGCCAUGGUGAGAAUUCCAGGGGUCCUUUCUGCAAAGGGGAAGGACAAUCCCUGCUGGGAAUACACAGGAGCUGUUGUUGGAGCCCACCAUGUCCAGUUCCCUUUCCCUGCCCUUUUCCUUGCUUUUAAGGGAUAUUUAAAGGGAAUGGGCAGGUUUAGGAAUCCCAGCCAUCCUCAGGAUUGUUGGGAAGCAGAAGAGGGCUCAGACCACACCCAGAGUGGGAAUCAGGCUGUGCAUUCCAGGUCCCAGCAGCAGGGAUGAGCCCUGGCUACCCAAACUCCUUUCCCAAAGAAUUUAAUUGGGAUUGACUCCCUGGAAAAUCCCGAGGUGUUGGGAGGAGCCCCUGCUGUGCUGUCACUCCCGUGGCUUUUCCAGCCCUUGCUCUGUCACUCCUGGCUCAUCAGCAGUGACAAUUCCAGCCCUUGGGCACCACUGAGUCCUUGUGCUUGACCUGGGAAUGAAAAAAAACAGGGAAUGAGUUGGUAGUGGGAUCGCAGCAGGUUGCCUGAAGUGGCUGAUCCCAAUUUUUUUAUGUUCUCCCAUCCCUGCCCAAUUCCAGGUGUUGUUUCCAUGGAGCUGGCAGCUCCUCUCCCUGCAGGAGGUGGAUGUUGGGUUGGGAUCUGGGAGCUGAGGGGCUGGGACAGGGUCAGGAGCAGGGUGAGCUCUGGGAUUUGGGAUUAUCCUGUGAAAAAGGAGGAAUUCUGACCUCGGGCCAAACUCUUCUCCCUGCCUUGGGAUAUGGGAAUGCAGUUGGGAUCCAGCACCUGGAUUCUGCUUCCUAGGGGUGUCUUCACCUGUGUUUUCUUUGGCAGAGCCACCAUUCCACAAUUUGGGUGGAUUUCUGGAAUUUCCUGACCCAGCCAGACCCUGGAGCAGCAGCUGGAGUGGGAGUGACUGGGAAUUGGGAAGGGCUGGAAUUAUGGACAAUGCACGGCUGUUCCCAGGUCGUGGAGCUGCUCCUGGAACGGUGCCAGUACAAACCUGACAGCAGGGACAGCUGUGGGGUCACUCCCUUCAUGGAUGCUCUCCAGAACGGGCACGUCGGCAUCGCCCGGCUGCUCCUGCAGAAACACCAGGCCUGUCCCACAGCUGUGGAUGCCCUGGGUGCUCAGGCCCUGCACAGGGCAGCUGUGACAGCCCAGGAUGGCUCCAUCCAGUUCCUGGUGUCUGAGCUGGGUGUGGAUGUCAACGGGAGAGCGACGUCCCUGCAGCUGCCAGCCCUGCACUACGCAGCCAAGGAAGGACACGGACACACCAUCCAGACCCUGCUGUCCCUCGGUGCUGAUCUGCAGGCCAAGGAUGGGAAGGGCCGUUCUGCCCUGCACGUGGCCAGCGCCGGGCAGCGCGCGGAGGCCGCGGGGAUCCUGCUCCAGGCUGGGCUCCAGGAUGCUCCUGAUGCCACGGGAAUGCUGGCCCAGCAGCUGGCCAGGAGGCCUGAUGUCAUCCAGAUCUUCCAGGGAACACCAGUCAGCACCUGAGGAACAGGAACCUGCUCCUUUUCCACAUGCUCCCUGAAACAGAACCAUCCAAGGGAAGUGCCACUUCCAGGGAUCCUCGUGGCUUUUCCUGGGAAUUUCCCCACCCUGAACAUCCCCAUGGAGAAGAUCCACCUGGAUCAUGGAUUUUCUAGCUCUUCAUGGACCUGCUGUCCACUAAAUUGGUUUAAUUUGCAAUUUAAUUUUUAAUUUGACAUCUUUGGGUAGGACAGAGACUCUUGAAGCUGCAUCAACCUUUUGAAUCCUUUUUGUAGCUGAUCCCAAAACCUGCAGGAAUCUGUAGUGGGACCUGAACCUUGUGAGAGAACAUCAGGGAUCUCUGGAUCAGACUAAAUUAAGGAGGUGUUUUAUCCCAGACUGGAAUGCUGGGCAAUUCCCAGCUCUGAUGAACUUUAAAUCCCAAUAAUCUGCUCUUGGAAGCCUGGAACACCCAGCAAGGUAAGAGCAGCUCUUGGGUUUGUGCAGCUGGAAUGAUAAAUUCCACCAAAAACUGAUGUGUCUUUGUCUGUUUGUGAUGCCAGGAGUUAAAAACGGAUGGAAUUCUGCUUUUUUGGGGAUGGCAGAUGUUAAAAAUCAGGAAGGGAGUGAGUUAAGGUGAGCACCACCUGGGUUUGAGUGGGAAAUUCCCACCUUGCUAUCCCUGGAGCAGGAAUUUUGGAUUAAAUUUAAAUUUAAUCCUUAAAUUUAAAAUUUAAGGAUCUAUGGAUCCUUAAAUCCAUAAAUCCUGCUCUGGCUUCCCUACAGCAGGAAAUGCAAGGGGCUGCUUCAUUCCCACUUUUUU